CAGCCGUAUCGCCGCCACCGUGGUCUACAACGAGUACAUCAACGACCGCCACCAUGUUCAUAUGAAUUCGACUGAGUGGGCCACGAUAACCGAGUUCGUGAAGCACUUGGGGAGGACGGGUAAGUGUAAGGUUGAGGAGACGCCAAAGGGUUGGUUCAUUACUUAUAUCGAUAGAGAUUCGGAAACCCUUUUCAAGGAGAGGUUGAAGAACUUUGUAUUUUAACUUUGUAUAUUAUAUGGAAAUUCACACUGCAUAUAGCAUCUGAAUAUGCAGAUUCAUUCAUCAUUGCGGACAUUGUUUAGAGCUGAACACAUGUGGGAGCUCUCCCACUUUUGGGCACUGAUGCAUGAAGCAAUGGAUUAUUUUUUUCCUUCAGGAAAUUUUACUACCAUUUAAGAGGUUUUAUUUCUUCUCAAUAGUCAUUCCUGGGUAAACAAAUAUUUCUUGUGUGCUUUUAUGGUAGGUAGUUUGGGGUUUCUUUGGUAUGAAUAAUAUGAUUUCUUUUUUGGGUAUAUGAGACUUCUUUGACUCACUCUGUUGCCUGCAUUCUUUUUCAGUUGGUUGUGGGGUUGAGUCUUCACCCAGUUGAUGUCUGAAAGUAGGUGCUUGGUAAUGGAAAAGUUGAAAAGCAUAUUAAUGUGGGAUGAGAUACUAGAUCAAUCAGAAUUCGGAUCAACCCCUCAUUGUCCAUCUCUGAAAAUAAUUGAACAGAGAAAAUCCAAUGAUGCAGAAGUCGAGUCACUGCGAGAGGAAUACCAUCAAAGGGUUGCAACACUUGAAAGGAAGGUGUAUGCUCUUACAAAGGAAAGGGACACGCUUCGGCGGGAGCAGAAUAAGAAAAGUGAUGCAGCUGCUCUUCUGAAGGAAAAGGAUGAAAUAAUUAAUCAAGUUAUGGCUGAAGGUGAAGAGCUUUCAAAAAAGCAGGCUGCUCAAGAAGGACAGAUUAGGAAAUUAAGGGCUCAGAUCAGAGAGUUUGAAGAAGAGAAGAAAGGGUUGAUUACUAAACUUCAGGAAGGUGAUGCUGCUGUUGCCGUUGCUGAGGAGGUGAAGAAGAACAACCAUGUAGUAAGAAAGUUGGAGAAGCGUCAACAGAUUUGCACCCUUGACCAGCAUAUUGAAGAGCAAUUUGGUUGUGGUCGUCUAUUGGCUUGUAUCUCAUCACGACCUGGACAGUGGCUGUGCUGAUGGGAUGGGAAAACAUUGGACAAUGAGUUGGAGGUUGUUGAGGGAAUGAAGCUAGAUAGGGGCUACAUAUCCCCUUAUUUCAUCACCAACCAGAACAAUCAGAAAUGUGAAUUGGAAAAUCCUCUAAUCAUAAUCCAUGAGAAGAAAAUCUCAAGUAUUAAUGAUGUGGUUAAAGUAUUGGAGUUGGUUUUGCAGUUAUGAUUUCAGAUCUGUAGAUAACCUGUUGUUGCUGAUAUUGCUACACGGGAGGAGAACAGAACAACUUGGAAAAUGUGCAAGAAGGGAGAGCUAACUCAUACAACGAAGAACAAAUUGAUGAAGUUAAGAUCAAAUUAGUAGAAUUUGUGAGCUCUCCAUUAUUUAUAAUUAUAGGUAGGAAGUAUGUAUGUAAUAGAGCAAAGAUUGGUUGACUAUGUAAUAACAAUUGAAUUGUCAAGUUUUAUGAAAGAAAUAAUUUUUGCUUCUU